CAGAGACAGAGCCUUUUUGAUUGAUUUCUCCGUCCGAUGACCAAUGCCUGGUCGCGGAGAGACCUCUUAUGUCAGAUCCCUAGCUCGACUUGUUUCUGCAUUUUGUCCUCGACACCCAUCGUGCCACCCCGCCCCCCGCGCCAAUCUUGCUCUCAAUCAUCACCACCGAGGCACCUUUUGACCCGGUAGAUCUCUCCUGGCACCCACCUAUCACCGUCCCCCGCGCUCGGUCCCCAAAUGGCUCCAGUCACGUUCAAAAAUACGGUUCAAAGUACCUCGGCGGUGAAAAAGAAAAAGAAGCCGCCGGCAUGCGACUACUGCAAGGCGCGUCGAGUUAUAUGCCAUCCCCAGCCAGACGGCAAGCCUUGUCCAAGAUGCGUCGAGAAGGAGGUCACAUGCACAACCACGCCAGUCGUGCGGCGCAAGCCGAAGCGACGUACCGAGGGGGACUCUGAUCAGGCGGCAUCGGCGCCUGCGCCAUCCGCCGCUGCUCACUCGUCCCCGAGCACCUCUUCUUCAGCACGAGCUCGCGCGAAGAGUCGUGAUAAGAGCGGUACGCCACCUGCGAAAGCGCCACCAGCCGCGUCAGCGUCCACCUCAACGAACAAUGCCGUCCUCGCGUGGCGUGAUACUCACAAUCCGCUGCCCCCGCCGCUCGUCCAGGAGCUUAUGAAGCUCUUCCCCUUUGUGCCACAAUCGCAGCUGCCCAUCGUCCCGUACCGACGAAUAUACGACAAACUCGAGGCAUGCGGGUGGGACCCAGUGCAGCUGGACGUGCAGUCGCGCGUGCUGGCGCAAUGCAUCAUGGCCGUGACCUCGCGCGUGUCGACGCAUCCCGCGCUCGUCGGCGCCGACGUGAGCGACGCGCAGCUCGCGGGCUUUCUCUCGUCCGGGAACCUGAUGAUGACGCCGGGCUUGGACCUGCGCGAGCUCGGGCGCAGACGAGACCCGAUUUGUAGGAGACUGCACGAAGAGGCGUGUCAGCUCGCGCAUGAGGCGGGUAUCAUGAUGAUGGCUUCUGAGGAGAAUGCAGCGUCUCUUUAUCUGCUGGAUUUUCUGGAGUCUUCUACGAACCAAUACGACAACCCGACGACCUGGACUGCCGCGAUGACCUGGCAGAUGCGAUCGCUUGCAGAGUCCGAGGAGUACGCUGAGCUGUUUGGCGUCAAUUUCCGCCGCCUGCACUGGCCCGUUCAGCUCAUGAACGUCGCCCUCCUCGCGCUUUGCGCAGGUCGAUCGAUCCCUUUUACCGAACACGACGAGCGUCUACUAUGCGGACCGGCUCCGCCGAAUAUAGAGGCGGCGACCUUUAGUCUAGCCAACGGCCCUGUGACAGGAAAGAAUAUCGGCGCAUUCCUCUACCCUUUCCUGCACCAUGUCAUUCAGCUAGCUCGACAAAGCUCGGAAAGCAUCAUUGGCCCUUACGCUAAGCGCUUCCCCCUAAACGAAGCCGCGCUCAUCAACCAUAUUUCCGCCGUCGAAGCGUUGCAGAAGACCUGCGUCUUCCUCCACGAUUGCAUAGAAUUCGCUAUACCCCGCGUCCGUCAGGACUGGGUGCGUCCGGCGCUCGCCAACGGCUACUUCAUCACAGGCCUCGCCAUGCCGAGCCUCCUUGUCCCCUUGCACCGUGAGCUCAGGCGCCGCCUUGCCGAAGGGUCGGUGUCCGUCCUCCACCGCGGCACCGAUGGUAUCGGGGAGUAUUCCCUGGACACGACGGACCGCACGCGCCACCGCAUCGAGCUGCUGCACCGGCAGGUCAGGGCGAUGGCUCUGCAUGCGAUCGCGUCGGUGACGAAGCGGGCGCGCGACCUGCCGAGCCUGCCAUACCUGACGCACCUGCACUGCUCGCGCUUCGCGUCGUGGACGCAUAUGCUUCUCGAGGAGUGCGAUGGGGACGAGAUUUCGAUCGGAGAGCGGUAUGCGACGUUGGAGAGGCUGUGCGAUAUCCUUCGACUCGAUGGAUUUGCUUGGGUCGAUCGUUCGGGGAGCCUGCCUGCCGUCGAAGCGGAGAUGGCUCUCCUGCAGGCGCAGCAGCAGCUCGUACCCCACUACAACCGCCCCGACGUCCCCAACGGCUGGCAAGACGAUCUAGCUAUGACGGGAAAUCCGGCGGCGUACGACGAUUCCGCCUUCGGUGCCAUGCAAGCCGAUGGACCUCGGAAUGAUCGACCGCCCAGCGACAGCCACGUCUACGACGGCGCAUGGAAUCUGUCCAUAAAUAAUCACGCCCCUACCCUUCCCGGCGCGAGCAUCACGCCCGACUUCCCUGGCGCGCCCGCUGGGAUGCCAGGGUUGCUCGAAGACUCGCAAAUGCUCGAGCAAGCCCUCCUCCAAUCCAGCAUCCCCAUGAACUUCGGUCCCUCCUAACGCUUGCCCUAACCCUUCGACUGCGAGCUACAAAUCUAGAAUCGUAUGUAUGUGCUAUCACUCCCGUCUUUACCGGACUUUGCAAGGGGCGCUGCGAUGUAGGGCGCUCGGACUUUCGGUUUGGAAUUCUCUUUUUCGACUCGUCAAGGUAUAUACACGUAACCUCGCCGCUGUAGUAAUAUCUGCGGUGGACAAUUUAUAUAUUACAGAAUAAUCAAUGAAUUAAGUAGUCUCAUUACUGACCGCGACUCAGGCGGCACCG